GAACGGGGGAAGAACGGCCGACCUGUUCCGGGGCUGAAGGAGCCUAUUCAGGCGCAGAAGCUCAUCUCCCUAGACUAUCAAGGUUAUCUAGGGAUGUUUUGGUUAUUUGGAACUGUUGUACUCAAAUAUUUGACAUCUAAGAUCUUUGGCAUUGCAGAUGAUAUUUCUGAUCAGUUCUUGCAAAAGUUUUAUUUAUAAGGCUUUGUGAACAAUAGAAUUUCAAAAGGGCUUCGGUAUUUUCCAGUUUAAUCCAAGUUGGUCUUAUCCAGAGAAGACUUUUUCCCUCCUUGGAAGCUUUGCCAACCUUCUGCCUGUCUCACUUUCAGUGAAAAUCCUGAGAAAGAUAUUUGUCAGCAGAGCUAUUGACAAUGCAACUACAGGAGUUAAUGACCUUCAAGGAUGUAGCUAUAUACUUCACCCAGGAAGAGUGGGCAAUGCUAGAUACAUCACAGAAACAGCUGUUCAGAGAAGUGAUGCUGGAGAAUAUCAGUCAUCUCAUCUCAGUAGGUGUCUCCCUACAAACUGGAUGUCAGGUCUGCACAUCAGAUGUGCUCUCCCAGUUGUCACAAGGAAAGGAAAUAUGGACAGAAGAAAUGGGAUUUCUCCAAACCCAGAGUCCAGACAGAAGAAGUGACUGUAAAAAGCAAGAAAUGACAUUCAUGUACCUUGCCUGCAGGAAAGACAAUUCUCACAUCAUGUUAUUGCAGAUAUCUCACACUCAAAACAAUUCCUUUCAAUGUAAUUACUUGCAAGAAGAUUCCACUCUCAGAUCUACAGUAACUCCAAAAGCAUUGACUCCAAUGAGAAAGAAACAAUAUUUAACCAAACGACUUCGAAAAGUCCUCAGUGACCAGUCAUCUUUUCAGUAUACUGGAAUUGAAACUGGAGAUAAACCGUAUGAAUACCUUCUAUAUGGGAAAACUUUCAUUAGACCUUUUCAACUUAGACAACAUGAAGAAACUCACACUGGAGAAAAACCCUAUGAAUGUCAUCUAUGUGGGAAAGCCUUCAGUCGAUAUUCUAGACUUAGGCGACAUGAAAGAGCCCACACUAUUGAGAAAACCCAUAAAUGUCAUCUAUGUGGAAAAGCCUUCAGUCAAAAUUUUCAACUUAGACGACAUGAGAGAACUCACACUGGAGAGAAACCUCAUGAAUGCCAUCUAUGUGGAAAAGCCUUCAGUCAAUAUUUUAAUCUUAGACGACAUGAGAGAACUCACACUGGAGAGAAACCUCAUGAAUGCCAUCUAUGUGGGAAAACCUUCAGUCGAUAUUCUAGUCUGAGAGAACAUGGGAGAAUUCACCCUGGAGAGAAAUCCUAUGAAUGUCAUCUAUGUGGUAAAACCUAUUCUCAAUAUUAUCCUCUUAGUGUACAUGAGAGAAUGCACACUGGGGAGAAACUGUAUGACUGCCAUACAUGUGGGAAAGUCUUCAUUAAUUGUUCUAAACUCAUACAACAUGAGAGAACGCACACUGGAGAGAAACCCCAUAAAUGCCAUCUAUGUGAGAAAGCCUUUGGUAGCCAUUAUACUCUUAUAAUACAUGAGAGAAUCCACACUGGAGAGAAACCCUAUGAAUGCCUGAUUUGUGGGAAAACCUUCAGACAAAAUUCUGAGUUUAGACAACAUAAGAGAACACACACUGGAGAGAAACCCUAUGAAUGCCAGACCUGUGGGAAAGCCUUCAAUUAUUGUUCUGUCCUAAGAGAACAUGAGAGAACUCAUACUGGAGAGAAACCCUAUGAAUGCCAAAUCUGUGGGAAAACCUUCAGACAAAAUUCUUCUUUUAGGCAACAUAAGAGCACACAUACUGGAGAGAAACCCUAUGAAUGCCAUACCUGUGGGAAAGCCUUUUUUCGUUGUUCUGUUCUACGAAAACAUGAGAGAAUUCACAGUCAAGAGAAACCCUAUGCAUGCCAUACCUGUGGGAAAGCCUUCAGUCAAUAUUGUUAUCUUAGAAAACAUGAGAGAACACACACUGGAAAAAAAAACCAUGCAGGCCAUACCUUUGGGAAUGCCUUCAGUGAUUCUUCAUACCUUAGAGAGCAUGAGAAAACUCAUAAUGGAGAGAAAUCCUAUGAAUGCCAAAUCUGUAGGAAAACCUUCAGCCAAAAUUGUUAUCUUAGAAAACAUGAGAGAAGACACAUUGCAGAGAAAUCCCAUGCAUGCCAUACUUGUGGGAAAGCCUUCAGUCAUUCUUCAUAUCUUAAACAACAUCUGAGAACACACACUGGAGAGAAGCCCUAUGAAUGUCAUCUAUGUGGGAAAGCUUUCACUCAACAUAAUGGCCUCAGGCAACAUCAGAGAACACACCAUGGACAGAAGCCAUAAGAAUGUAACCUUUAUGGGAAAACCUUAAUUUUUAUAUUCUUAGACAACAUGAAGUUUUUCAUACUUGAAAGAAAUCCUAUGAGGUCAUCAAUGUGGGAAAGAUUUCAGUCAAUAUUAUGACCUUUGCUUAUAUGAGUGGACUCACACUACACGUAUUUUGAACAUGGAAGAGACUUCCAACAUAGCUUUAGCCUUUAAACAUACUAGAGAACUCACAUACUUAAGGAAUACUGUAUGUAAUUUAUGUGGUAGUACCUUUAGCCACCUGUAGUAUUUCAGUUAACAUAAAGUCAUACAGGAGACAAUGUGUAUGAAUGUCAUCUAUGUAGAAAACCCUUAAUGAAUUGUCUGAUCUGUGAGAGAACUCAUAAUAUAAAUCUAAUGGAAUUGGAGAGCCCUCAUCUACCACUCUAACUGAAAAGCAAGCCAGAGAAAUUACAUGUGAGGAAUUCUAUUUACUCAAUGUAGGAGUGCCUUAAUUUGUAAUUUAUCCUUUAAGUAAAAUAAGUGGUCUCCAUAGGAAUGAAACACUAACCUGUAAUUACCAUGCACUAUCAUUCAGGGAAAAACAAGCCUUAAUGUGCUAAAAAAAAAAAAAAAAAAAAUACUGAAUUUAGGAAUAACCAUGAAACAUGAAAUAA